AUAGUUGCACACAGUAUGACGUUUCAGUAUAUAUAGACUAGUUGAACAGUUGCUUCUUCCUUCUACUUGCUAUUUUGUCCAGACCUUCAUUUUUCCAUGUAUCUCAAGUUAUAACACAUUUGUAUAUACCUAAUAACUUCUUUGUAAUAAUAAAAUUUAGGGGCAUCAUUUCCAAUGUUUUAAAUGACUUUGAAUUGGUAACACUUUUAAAGUAUGGGAUUUAAAAUUGAGACUGAUCCAUACAAUCCUUCUAGUCAGUUGGCAUAGUUUCCUGAAAAGAUUAUUUAUACAAUUAAUAUGGCUCAGGCAAUUAUUUCCUUUUGGUAUAGCAUAAAAUAAAUUAAAGGAUGGUUAGAAUAUUAGAUGUUUUGUUAAAUUAGAAGGGAAUCAAAUGAGUUAGUUCUUGAGCUAUGAUAGUAAUAUCUGUUUUGAAAACAGACAGCUUUGUAAAUGGACAAAAUGGUCCAAGGCAUCUAUCAGUUACAGAGCUGAUUAACUUUGGAUUGGAUGAAGAAAGUGACUGGGUUCACGCACUAUGAUAAGCCAUGGUGGCUUAUAAUUAAGGGUGGAAUGCUAUGUUGUCUGAACCCAGCCAGAGUGGUUAACAAGCCACUAGUUUUUAAGCUUAUCAUGUUGUGUGAAUCCAGUUUCUAGUUAAUGCUGUGUUAUACUGUGGCUCUUUUAUGUUAAUUGAUUUAUCCUGAAGUACAGUGUGCUGCAGAAUCCGUCCCUAAAUGAAAGUAUGAGUUUCUGAUAAUUAGGGGAAGGUAAAACAUUCUGUUUUCACUUCAUAAAAAAUUAGUUAGUGUUGCUUGACAUUUUGGAAAAUAUAGUUCCCAUGUGCCUACAGGCAUCCCUACUACAAGGCUUGGAGGUAGGGUGUCUCCUAUUUGUACCUGGAGACUAUGUUUCCCAGCAGCACCCCUGAACACUAGGAAUCCAUACCACUGCUGCUUAGUCAUCUGAAGUGAGGAGGCAGCAACAAAGGUUUGAAUCCCCAUUUUCCAACCUUGACCUGCUCAGUAGUUAUUACUUUUGCCUGGAUCCAUUUCAUAUUCCUGCUGACUUCAUUAGAUCCUGAUCUCAUCCAAAAUAGAAGUUGGGUUCCUAACCUCACACUCAGUACUUAACUCUGGUAAAUCCUGACACUACACCAUUCUACAGAAAACUUGACAGAAACAUGUCAAUGGCAGCACUUGGUCGUUCUUCUGAAUGUGGAGAAUAAAUGAAAUGUCCAUCAUCUGACAAAAUAAGCAACUCAAUAUGUAACAGCAAAGGGAUUUAUGAAACCACAUAAAUAACCUGCCCUGAAAAUGGUUAGGAAUCAAAACAUAGCUCCAAGAUACUAAUGUACAACUCCUUAGAAACAGCACGUUAUGCAAGUAAUUUGUCUUGUUUGGGGUCAGUGUUUAAGCAAUAAGCUUAAUUUACAUGUCCCAGAGUUUCAUGUGUCUGGCUUUUUAUUUGCCCAAGGCUUUUGCUGUUAUUCAUUAUUGACCUUGGGGUGGCUAUAACAGAUUUAUGAUCUGCCUUGAAAGUACAUUUCUUCUAUUGUCAAGGUUGUUGGUAAUAAUGAAAUAAAUGUAACACUUCAAUGGUGCUUCUUAUCUUUGAAUGAUCUUAAAAUGCUUGAUAGACUAGAAUAGUUGCCAUCCUAAUCCAGAAUGAAAAGCAAUAGAUAAUACUGUUACUGUCCCAUAUAGUGAUUUAAAGUAUGGAAUCAGUUGUUCACUUGAAACAUAUGGGUGACCUGAGUAGCAAAGCAUUUGCUUGCCACAAAAAAGAAAAAAAAAGGUUAAAUCAAGGCUUCUCUGACUUCUUGUACCAUGAUCUUUAGAACAAGUGCAGUUGAAUGUUCAGAAUAUUAUGACCAGGUUGCCUUGUGUGCAAGAACAAACUACAACAACCUCCUCUCUUUAUGGAGAAAUCUGUUGAAAUAAAAAUGUAACUCACCAUUUCUAGAAUCUAUUUCUAUCCAGCAUAAUUGAGUAGUGUGUUGUAACCAGCUUGAACAAUAACAAUGAGCAUUCUUUUCAGCUGGAUAUUUUUGGUGUAGGUCCCCAGAAUCUUUCAGGAGAUGCAAGGCCUUUUUUCAUAUUAUGUAUUAGUUUGAAAUGGUAUCUUUUCUGCUUUGCUUUUUUGGGAAUGAGAACCUCCAAGCAUGUGCAGGUUACUCACGCCUCAUCACUUGAAUAUCCAGUGUUAGUUUCCAUGUAUCUGGGAUAAGUGAAGAAGAAUUCUAAGCCAGACAGGCAUACUUUAGGGUGUACAAAGAUUUCUGUUAUGUCCAGUUCUUCGUUGUGGCCUCUGUGCAUCACACAUACGGGUGCUGUGCCUGCGCAGUGCUUGUAGCCGGGAAGAUUUGAAAACUUAAUGGUUUUGGUGGGAACUCCGCACCCCUCCCCCCAAUAGAAUAAGAAGACGGAGUGCCCGCCGUUUUCCCAGCCCGCCAUUCGCUGCGCCUCGAGCCUUUCAUCUCUCAGUUCGUAGCUAUAUUGUGUAUCUUGAUCCCCUUUGAACCGUUGCUCUCUGUUCUCUUAGCUUUCUUGUUAAGAUUUCCAAGUUAUUCAUCUCUCCCCAUUAGAAGUUUUCUUCACAUCUCCCCUUUUUUACCCUCCCCCCCCAAAAAUAAAGUUUAUUCUCUUCUUACAUUUCUUGUCUUCGCUAUCUUCUCUUUUUCAAUCUUGAUGGCUCAAUGUGCAGCUUUCCACAGGUGUUCUCAGCAUGGGGCCAAGAUGUCCCCCACUGAUCCGCACAACCUGUGCCUUCUUUGCCUUGGAGAAGGUCACAGAACUGAUAAGUGCAGCAAUUGCCAGGCCUUCACCAAGCGGGUGUGAAAAAACUGGGAGAACUGCCUGCGCAAGCUUCUCUGGGACCAGGCCUUGGUCACAUCUGACCAACUGGUGGCCCAAUGCGCUGCACAGUCCUCCUCUUCGGCUGCCCCUCCACCCUGCCCAUCGGCUGAUGGUGCUGCUCUGCUGGAGGGCAAACACUCCUCUAAGUCUCAUCAAAAACAAAAGGAGAAGAGAAGGCACAGCACAUCCGACAAGUCCUCUGGUCAUAAGAAGCCUAAGAAGGACAAGGCAGACAAGACGGCUCACAAGUCCAAGAAGGCCGAUCAGCCCCGUCAUCGUGAUUUGGGAUCGUCUGCCCUGUCGGUCCCGAUGGUCGUUUUGGUACCAACACCAACCGGACCGGCUCUUCAACUGGCAAUGCAGGUGACCCCACCAGGGUUCCCGCGACAGAUCACUCCUUCCUUCUUGUCCUCCCCAGAACAUCAGGAGGCAGCCAUACUGGGAUCAAUUUCCGACGGAGAGAUCUGGGACUCUCCACAGAUGGCUCCCCUGAUGGCAUGCUCACUUACCCGGCAGCCUUUUCCUGAGGCUUCCCCAAGGGCCCUGCCUCAACAGGUGCGGUACCAACAGUGUGCUUCUGUCCGUCGCUGCAGAGAAUGGGUGCAAGCGCCGCAUGGAUCUGCCCAUCGUGAACCAUGGACGACUAUGCACCAUAUGGAUAUUAUCCAUCAGUACGCCAGUGUACACUGUCUCCGAUCCCGAGGGAUGCUCCAUCGACAUCUGCAGCAGUUCAGACCAGGCGGCCUUCCUUGCUGGCUGACUCCCGCUCCAGUCCUCUGCUUCAUUACGACUUGGAGUCAGAGGAUUCUGAUGUAGCAUCCACCUCACCGGAUACGGUGAUCACCACACAGGGUCCCAGCUCACCUGAGGAGUUGUAUUCGACAUUUGGGGAACUGAUGGCGAGAUUGGCUAGGUCACUGGAGAUCGAAACCCAGUACCACUUUGAUCCCAGUACCAAUAAGUUCUAUAACAUUGUGAAGAGAGAACAAUCCUCCACCAUCAUUCUGCCACUCAUCACGACGCUUAAAGUUUACAUUGCCACAAUCUCUCACUACUGUGGCCAGGUGGCUGGCUUAUUGGUAUUCUCUAACAUCCUUAUUCGUCGAUUCCUUAGAGGCUUACAGAAUCUCCAGCCACCAGUUAGAUCAAUCGUUCUGAUGUGGAGCCUCUCUGUUGUCUUUCCAGCGCUCACAAAACCUCCUUUUGAGCCCUUGGCGACUACCAACUUACAUCUUUUGUCAUGGAAGACUGCCUUCCUUGUUGCUGUCACAUCAGCUAGAAGGGCCAGUGAACUCUUUGCACUUCAUAUAGACCCUCCUUAUCUCAAUUUGCAUAAGGAGAAGGUUGUUCUGCGUACUGACCGGGUGUUCCUUCCGAAGGUCAUGUCACCCUUCCAUGUCACUCAGGACAUUGUUUUACCAGCCUUUUUUCCUACUCCGUCUAUGCCCAUGGAGCGCUCGCUACACUCCCUUGAUGUUCGUCGAUGCCUCACCUCCUACAGGUCUUGUACGGAAUCUUUUCGCAAUACCAGACGUCUUUUCAUUAAGUAUUCUGAACGUGACAAAGGGUUCCCCAUUGGGUUCCAAAGACUCUCGAAGUGGAUUGUUCAGACCAUUGAACUGGCCUAUCAACUCUCUAAACUAGACUUACCUGUCAUGCCCAGAGGUCAUUCCAUGAGGGCUGUUGCAGCUUCCUCCGCCUUCUCUACUGGCAUUCCGCUUCAUGACAUUGCAAGGCGGCCACUUGGGCUACCCUUUGCACAUUUGUCAGACAUUACCGCCUUGAUCUACGUGCCAGACAGGAUUGUUCCUUUGGUCGCACAGUCCUUUCUUCUGUUCUUCAGUGAUGACACCAUCCCGCCUCCGGGUCUGGUAAGCUUGCUAAUCACCCAUAUGUGUGAUGCACAGAGGCCGCGAUGAAGGAAGGCAGGUUGCUCACUUGUAACUGUCGUUCUUCGAAUGGCCAUCUGUGCAUUCACACAACCCACCUGUCAGCCCCACUCGGUGUCGGUGACUGGAUUUCUAUGGUACCACGUUUCGCUUGGUUACGUAUCCGUAAGGUGUAUCUUCAUGUACAUAUAUACUUACCUUUAGUGUCUUAAACACUUGAUGUGUAAUACCUUUUGCUUCCGCUUGGAGGUGAACAGUCGGUCUUCAGUAGACUGGGAAAAUGGCGGGCACCCUGCCUUCUUAUACUAUUGGUGUGGGGAGGGACGCAGAGUUCCCGCCAAAACCAUUAAGCUUUCAAAUCUUCCCGGCUACAGGCACUGUUCAGGCACAGCACGCAUAUGUGUGAUGCACAGAUGACCACUUGAAGAACGACAGUUGCAGAUGAGCAAUCUGCCUUUCUUCUCCUUCCUCAGAUGAGAAAUGAUAUUGUGGCCUUCCUUUAGAUGUAUUAGACUAAUAUUUAUAUUUGUAUGCAUGUAUCUCUGUAAAUAAAAAGCAACUGGAAGAAAUCUCUGUGGGCAUGUUAGUAAUUAAAGGUAUGACUGUCACUUGAUCAAAGACAAUCUUAACUGAUUACUUGACUGUAAUCAGUGUCUUACUCAACUGAACCUACAUAGGGAUAAGCAACAUUGCAGAAGAGAAAAGUAUAAUUUGUUUUUAUAGACAGUGCUUUGUGUCACAGAAGGAGCCAUCUUAAAGGUGCUAGCUUGUUUCACGUUCUGUCAUCCUAAGGUAGUCCCUCUGGCAUUCAUGACUGAUGUGAAUGCUUGUAUAAAAAGUUGUUUUUAAGAUCUGCUGCCUGGCUAUUUGGUGAGGUAGACCUUUUAAACAGAUUAAUCAGACUGCUCAGUCAACCAAAGCUUGAUUCUGAUAAGUGAUGUGACAAUUUUCCAGUGCUUUAUUUUUCUGGAAAAAAAAUUACAUUUCAUAAGUUCGUUAGUAAUAAGGAAUGGAUACAAAUGCAGUAUUAGGCAAAAUUGGCAGUUUCAAAGCUGUGGAUGAAUGGUUGUCAUUAGGCAUAGUCAUUGGGUCAGUAAGUUUUCAGUAUGUUUGUUUCCACUUAAGUUUAAACAAGGUAAGAGAAAUACAUCCUAUUGUCUUUAUCUUUUUGCAAGUAAUCUAAUAAAAAUGUCUACGUAAUACAGCAUUUAAAUCACAUUGACAUGGUUUGCAUGACAUGACAGCCCAUUGUGCUUUAAUUUACCUGUGGGGGCUAAGUGUUGUGUCAGGCGCCUGCAAGUAUCAUUUGCAUAGCUCAGCAAGCUGUGGCAAGCCAGGUGACCAUGGAAACUGCACAAAAAUGAUACUUGCAUUUAGUACUACUUGCAUCAUGUAGUAUUCCUGAUGGAUGAAAAUCUAUGUUGGGCUAUUCUGACAUUUGAACUGUUUCGUUAAGUAAACUUUAAUUCUACCCCAAGAACUUAAGGGCAUGUACUUCAGUAUAUCAGGACUAAAAAUAAAGAAGGCGUACCUCUUAAAGCUUUGUUUUUAUUAUUAUUAUUAUUAUUAUUUGUUUGCUAAAUACAAGUAAAAUAAACAUACUAAUUUGAUUAUUAUGUGAUUAUUAUGGAGAUUACAGAAGG